AUGUCCGCGACUAGAUCAACGCUAGAGGAGCUCAUAGCCAUGGACAUGGAGCUGAUUCCAUGGAGGGAGUCGCUGGGCGACACCAGGCGCUUUUGGAGCGAGAUGGCGCCCCAUCUCUCAGCGGCAGCGGUAGCGGCAAUGGAGGGAGAGUACCACGUCUGCCACGACAUGUGGGUGGCGUGCACGAGGACCCUGCUGAACCAGGUUAUCCUGAACUUGGCUGACAAGUAUCCGCGGUCUGCUGCACAGCUACUUGUGUCCCUUGUGACCUCUGAGGAGCGUACUAGGCGUCAGGCUCUCGUGAAGGAGAUGGCUAGGGAGGUGCCGGUCAGCACACCAAGCUACUGGCGUCAUCCGCUGUUAAAGGAGGAGAUAUAUGAGCUCGUCGAGGAGAGAGGGGGUGCUGGGGCUGGCGCUGCUGGAUUGCCGAUCUUCCUAAACCAGAUCGUCGUCGCCUUCUGA